AAAUCAAAAAUCCACAAGCGAAUGGAUAUCAGCCUGUCAUACAUCUGAUUUGAUACAAGCUUCUACAAUAUAUAAAGAAUGGAAGAUAAACUCUGGUGUUAAGGCAUGAUAAACCUCUUACAAUUCCCGACUUUCGAUAUACAGAGUUAUCGGUCGUUAUCGGAGUUGUCUUUCUUGCGUGAAGGUGACGACACUUCCUUCUCUUCCGUAACGAGUGUAAACAAUCAGUAAACUAAUGAAAAUAGAAGACAUAAAUGAUAAAACUACGGUCGAGGACUUUUUAACUUUGAAGAAAAGUGAUUUGGUACUAUUCCUGCGAUCAAGCAGUGCAAAGAUAUCUGGGAAUAAAGACGAACUUACACGAAGAGCCUUUGAAACUAAUCAAACAAACAAUGUCGUGACUGCGUCACUGUCGACAGUUCUUGUUUCUUAAAACUCUUAAACUAAUGACAAUGUUGAUAUUCCCCCUUAUAAUGAACUAUACUCUGGGUGGACUAGUGAUCUAUCUUUGCUGCCACUUGUUUCCCAUCAGGAUGUGGAAUCCUUUCUCAUUCACAGCAGUCACAGAACUGGAGACAAUGAGCAAAUGUUAUGCUAUCGCCAGUUCAUCCGUGGAUAUAACUUUUUUAAAGAGAACUAUGUUCAUGACUUAAUGAUAAACAGUAUUGAUGAUGAUUGUGAAAGUUGUUACAUCAGAUCAAAGUGUUAUACUUCCAUGAAACAACAGGGACCAUAUCAACAAUGGAUUUUAAUUUCAAAGAAAACACCUGUUGUAGUUUUCAAAGCCAACUGUAGUUGUCCAGCUGGCCUAGGUGAAGGAUGUACCCAUAUCGCAGGUCUUCUCUUCAAGCUUGAGGCAUGUGCACAAGAAAAAGAAAAUACUGCAUGUACUUCAAAACCAUGUAAUUGGAAUAAGGGAGGUAAAAGGAAAAAAGAUCCUCAAGAAGUCCUAAACAUAUCUUUCAAAAAGUUAAAAUAUGGUGGAAAUGAACCAUGUGCAAAUGAAAAGAAAAAUAUAUUUACUGUGAAAAAUUCCAUUACUGACCAAGGUCAGGAUUUCUUAUCACUAUUAACAGCUAAAUUUGGAAAUUUGAAUUAUUCUCCAGCAAUUUUUGAUUUAGUUGCCCCAAGUUGUGAAGUUUAUGAUAUUAAUAGUGACAUAAAUGUAGAUAAUUUUGAAGAAGUUGAGACCUCUGAAUAUUUACAUUUUGAAUCUGACAGCUACAUAGACAUUAUGUCAAUUGUUCAAAAAGAACCAGCAAUAAAUGAGACCAUACUGCUCGACAAAUUUAUGAAUAUUCCCCAGACAGUAAUUGAUGAGAUAGAAAAAAGAACAUUAGGUCAAUCUGAAAAUCAACUUUGGUUUGUUACCAGAAAAUUUAGAAUAACAAGUUCAAAUUUUCACUCUAUUGUUUCACGCAAAAAGGCAGAUGUCGAUAAAUUAGUGCAAUCUUUUUCUAAGUCGGCUAAGGUAAUCAAUGUAGCACCAUUAAUUUGGGGACGAAAGCAUGAACCGAUAGCAAGAAAAAAAUAUAUUGCUCACAGAAGAUUAAAAUAUGGUGAACAAAAAUUUGUAAAAGAAUGUGGUAUAUUCUUAUGCGACAAAUUUGGAUUUCUUGGUGCUUGGUGCUAG